UUGUCUAAAUCUUCAAUAGGAUGAAACAUCUACGCUUAGCUGUAUUUUGACAUUAUAAAUUAACUCUCUGGCAGACAUUUAAGGCCGAGAUCGGAAGGAUUUUAAAUCAUUUUCCGGUUCAGUAGUGAGUACUUGCAAGUACGGCGAGGAAAUAUUUCGUCAUUCUCUUUUUAGAUUCAUGGAGCAUGAAUAUAAUAUCGAUGGAUUGAAUGUUAAAGAGUGGAUACGUUCUUUACAGCUGAAGACCGUGACUUUUCCGAGGUGGAUUUAUUCAAAACGUGUCUAUAAGUAUCAUUUGAUCCCUUUCUUAUAGAUCUUUACGGCCUGUAUCAUAGUUAUUUCCAACUUUGCUUAUAUUGAUUUGUAUAGAGAUGCGUAAGGUAUAUUUUUUCUGGUGUCCCAUGCAUGCAUAUAUCUGUCAGGUUAAUUUCACUAGGCUGAACAUAAGAAGCUGAACAUAAGAAGCUAAUAAGCAGAGACAGCUAGAAAUAUGAAGCUUUUCGAUGCAGUGAACAAGAAUGACAUCGAGAGAGUUAAGACUUUUCUUCAAAGCGUGCAGUCGAAGGUGACAGUAAUAAACGAUCCAAACUCGCGAGGAAAAACGGUCCUUCACAUUGCUUCGGAAAUGGGCUACCUAGAAAUUGUAAAAUAUGUUACUGAAGAAGGAGCAGAUCUUGAAAAGGGGGACCACAAUGGUGAUACACCUCUCCAAAUGGCAUCAGAGAAUGGUCAUCUUGAUGUAGUUCAGUAUCUUGUUGGUAAAGGAGCAGAGAUUAAGAAGAUUGGUUGUGCUGGUUGCAAUGCACUAAACCAUGCAUCGCACGGUGGUCAUCUUAACGUUGUUAAGUUUCUCGUUGACAAGGCAGCUCAGGUUCACAUUGACAGAGCUAUUCACAAGGCAGCAUUCAAAGGUCAUCUUGACGUUGUUCAAUUUCUCAUGCGUACUGGAGCAGAUGUUGAUAUGAAAUCUAAAACUGGUUGUACACCUCUUCACUCUGCAUCAUAUAAUGGUCAUUUAAAUGUAGUGAUGUAUCUCGUUAGUAAGGGUGCUGAGGUUAAUAAGGUUGAUAAUGAUGGUAACACAGCCCUUCAUAAAGCAUCAUUCCAUGGUCAUUAUGAAGUUGUGUGUUAUCUCGUAAGUGAUGCUGGAGCAGAUAUUGAGAUGGCUGAUAUACCUAAUCCAGCUCUUCACUUUGCAUCAAGCAACGGUCAUCUAGAUGUAGUUAACUAUCUCAUUCUCAAAAGAGCUCGUGUUAACAGUAUUGAUAAAGAUGGUUGCACAUCUCUUCACAAGGCAUCUAUAAAUAAUCAUCUUCAUGUAGUUAAGUCUCUUGUUCGUAAUGGAGCACAGGUUGAAAAGGCAAAUCGUCGUGGAAAAACCCCUCUCCAAGAGGCAUUGCGCAAGGGUCAUCGUAACGUAGUUCAGUAUUUGGCUCGUCACUUUGUAUCACGCAAUGGUCAUCUGAAGGUAGUUAACUAUCACAUUCUCAAAAGAGCUCGUGCUAACAGUAUUGAUAAAGAUGGUUGCACAUCUCUUCACAAGGCAUCUAUGAAUAAUCAUCUUCAUGAAGUUAAGUCUCUUGUACGUAAUGGAGCAAAGGUUGAAAAGGCAAAGCAUCGUGGCAAGACCCCUCUCCAAGAGGCAUUACGCAAGGGUCAUCGUAACGUAGUUCAGUAUUUAGGUGGCCGUGGGGCUAAGAAUGACAUGAAUUUGUCUUAUAGACAUGGUAGAAUACAUCCCGGGGCACCACAGAAUCUUCGUCUUGACCUAGUUCACCAUCUUGCAAAUGAUGGAGCAGAUGGGAGACCCCUAGACAAUGCACCGAACCCUGGUCCUGUUGGUGAUGUUCAGCAACCCGUUGGGAAAAGACGAAAGUUUGACAGAGGAGGAAAGUUUGACAGAGGAGGUAAGAGAGGAUGA